AUUUUUAUGCUCAAGAAUAUAGAGAAAAUACCUCUUCUGCAAUAGAAAAAAUUGUAGUAAUUCUUAAUGAUCAACAAGAAUAUAGACGUGUAUGGAUAAAUUUGGCAUUUAUUAAAAAUUAUGGACAACAAUUCGUAUGA